AUGGCGUCCAACCUAGUCCCCGACUACGAGGUCAAGGUCCUUCUGAAGCCCUCAGAAGUUCUUGGAUCAAACAACAAACUCAUAGAUGCGGUCCUAUCAGCGUUCUCCAUCCCGUCGAGCACCAAGAAAAUGAACGUCCAAUUCGUCGACACCAAGAAACAAGACUUGUACACCAAGGGCUGGAACCUUCGCAUCCGCAAGAAAGAAGGCGGCGAGGAGUUCGAGUUGACGUACAAGAAGCGCUAUCCGAUUGGCGACGGAGACUCUAGUACCGCUAAAGGCAACAUCGAUGCAGCGCUCAAGACGGCCGAGCAAGACGGUUUCGACUCAACGACAAGUCGUACCUUCCAAGCGCAGGUUGACGUUGGGUACCAGAAGCAAACGCUCUCCAUCAGCCACGAUGAGACAAUUUCCGACACGGGUUUCGAAGCAAUCGACCUCCCCCUUGCGGAAGAAUCGCGCAAGUUCCUCAUCGACAACGCACCCGAAAAAUUCAAGAUUUGGUUAGCCGAUAACUUGGGUUCUGAUGAUCUCGCCGACUGCGUAGUUUACGGGCCGGUACUCGCGAAGCGGUCCAAAGGUACCUGGGAUGUGUUCAAGCUUUCCAUUGAAGUGUGGCCGAUUCGGAAGAGCAAGACGGAUGCGAGCCUCGAACUAAUCGUCGAAGCGUCGUUUAAAACACCUGACUUGGAGAAAGCGCUGGAGGGGCGCGCCAAGCUGGUGGAGUUUUUGCAGAAAAGAGGCUGGUUCCUGGCUGAGGAUUCCUUGAAGACGAAGCUUAUCAUGGAACGAUACGGAGAGAUUACUGUACAUAUUUGA